UUGAUUCUGUCCCCCAUGGCCUCUCCAUUGACUCGUUCGACUCUCCGUGCUCUUGCUCGCCAUUCCACGCGCGUAUCCUCUGCUCUCAAGCAAACUCAGAACGCUUCCUACUCGGCCCUUGCCCGCGCUGUUGCCAAUAAGUCUGCUCAAAGACCGAUAGCUAAGGGAACGCGUGGAGUCAAAACUCUUGACUUUGCUGGCACGAAAGAGGUCGUUUAUGAGCGCAGCGACUGGCCACUUGCCAAGCUUCAAGACUACUUCAAGAACGACGUUCUUGCUUUGAUUGGCUACGGUUCGCAAGGCCAUGGCCAGGGUCUCAAUGCUCGCGACAACGGUCUUAAUGUCAUCGUGGGUGUGCGUAAAGAUGGAGAAAGCUGGCGUCAAGCGCUUGAGGAUGGCUGGGUUCCUGGAGAAACUCUAUUCCCUAUUGAAGAGGCGAUCAACAAGGGCACUAUCAUCAUGAACUUGCUCUCCGAUGCCGCCCAGUCUGCGACCUGGCCGACAAUUGCCCCACUCAUUACCAAGGGCAAGACGUUGUACUUCUCGCAUGGCUUCUCAGUUGUUUACAAGGAGGACACCAAAGUCAUUCCACCCAGCGACGUUGAUGUCAUUCUUGUCGCACCAAAGGGUUCGGGGCGCACGGUCCGGACACUCUUCAAAGAAGGACGAGGAAUUAACUCGAGCGUGGCUGUCUUCCAAGAUGUGACUGGCAAGGCAAAGGAGCGUGCAAUUGCCAUUGGCGUUGCCAUUGGUUCUGGCUACAUGUAUGACACGACCUUUGAGAAGGAGGUCUACUCGGACCUCUAUGGCGAACGUGGAGUGCUCAUGGGCGCGAUCCAGGGCCUUUUCUUGGCUCAGUACCAAGUUCUCCGGAAGAACGGGCACACGCCCUCCGAAGCCUUCAACGAGACCGUAGAAGAGGCAACUCAAUCUUUGUACCCCCUCAUUGGACAAUACGGCAUGGACUACAUGUACAAUGCCUGCUCAACUACCGCCCGCCGCGGUGCUCUUGACUGGGCGCCAAUCUUCGAAAAAGCCAACGUUCCCAUCUUUGAACAACUCUACGAGAGCGUCAAAAACGGGACUGAAACCAGAAAGUCGCUCGAGUUCAAUGGUCGAUCAACAUACCGCCAGGACCUUGCCAAAGAGCUUGCAGAGAUCGACAGCCAGGAGAUAUGGAGGGCAGGCAAAGUCGUUCGUUCUUUACGUCCAGACUACAAGCCCGAGUAA